GGUUUAGACCGGUUAAAGAUUUAGGUUAAUUAACUCAUACUCAAUCUUCCGUCUUCGACCUCUCGCAAACACAGAACCAGACACGUUGAUCUCGACCUGAUAGGUAAAGAAGAUGAGUGGUGAAGUUGUCUUAGCUGCUAGAGUUUACCGUGACCUUCUUAAAGCUGUGGUGAAACAUGUUGGAAAGGAAGACCACAAGGCUCAUUUCACAGACUUUGUUAAGCAGGAGUUUCGGAAGAACGCACAUGACCGAGAGAAAAUUAACCUCGCACGCAAUUACACAUAUCUUCUUAAUAGCAUUCACUCUCACAAGGAUCUGCUCUUCUCAUACAACAUUGCAGUUGAUAGAUCAGCAGAAAUGAAACGAGUGCUUGGGAAAUCUGCAGCUAGUGUAGGGCUUCGUCUUCCCGAGGUUUACCAGCCUUGAUCAUGCAGAGCAUACACAUUCCUCUUUGUCUUUCCGGGAGACAAGCCACUCUGGUUUCGUCAUUUCUAUGGACAGAUCUUGGGUAAAAUUGGAAUAAGUGUGAUCUUCUUUGGAGCCAGAGUGCUCUUGCAUUGAUAGAUCUGAGAUGGAUGGAUUACAAUUUUUCGUUGCGUUGUUACCGCAUUUGUUUUGAAACAUAUUCAUGUUGUACGAAGCCACCAAAGUGAGAAGUGAUGGCAAAUUGUAAUAUAAAGAAGCCUCAGAUAAUAGUUCUGUUUUCCUCA